UUUUUGCAUAAAUUAUUUAUUUUGACAAUAUACGGGUUCUCUUUUUUCUUUUCCUUUUCUUCUAAUUACUUUAUACAAGGAUGUUAAGAAAGUUGCUUUAUAUAUUCUUGUUAUUUAUAUCAUUCUUUAUUACGUUCAGUCAUGGUGCUGAUAUAUUUGGUCAAAUAAAGAAACAUGAUUCCGUUUGGGAUAUCCUUACAACUGAUAAAAGGUUUUCACUCUUUAUUAAUCAGAUUGAAGAAAACAAGUUGGUGGAUGUCUUCAAGGAUAUAAAUGCGAAUACUUUAUUUGCUCCAACUGAUAAAGCCAUUGAAGAAGGAUUAAAUGAAGGUAUCUUAAAGCGCAGUAAAAAGAUGACAGUUGAACAAAUCUUGUAUCAUCUUAUUCCUGUUUCAAUCAAGUCCAAUGAAUUAUGGGAUGGCCGACUUUUGGAAACAAAAGCAAAAGUAGAUGAAGUUCAACAGCGUUUAAGAGUGACUAAAACCAAGGAUUCAUUAUUCGUUGGUGUAGGUGGUGAUGAAGAGCAAAGUAAAAUUAGUCAAGCAGACAUCGAGACAUCAAACGGUGUCAUUCAUGUGAUUGACAAAGUUUUAUCACUGCCUAAUUAUUUAGAUGAAGUUUUGUUUCUUAAUCAAGAUACUAAAGAUUUUUAUGAUAAAUGUGAAAAGGUUCAUCUUACAAAAGAAUUAAGACACGCUGUUGGUAACACUAUUUUCGUUGCAAAAGGAGACAUCUUUGGUGAUGAAUUGAAUCCAUUUGAAAAGAAAUAUCUUUUGGAUCAUCCAGAAGGAAAAGAAGAUUUAACUCGCUUAUUAAAUCAUCAAAUUGCUACACAAGUCUUUUUUAGUGAUACGUUUAAAGAAGGAAAAUCAAAGAUUAAAACUGUUGAAGGCUCCGAAGACCUUGAUAUUCUAGUUGAGAAUAAAAAAGGGGCUCCUUCAGAGAUUACAGUGAAUGGAGUUAAAGUAAUUCAAAAAGAUAUCUUGGCAUCUAAUGGUGUUAUUCAUGUCUUGGAAAAGCCUUUAUUACCAAAGCAUAAAGAUAACUUCCUUCAUUUAAGUACUCGUAAAGUAUUAAUUGGCAUGAAUUCAACUCGAUUUAUCAAAUUAUUUGAUGAUCAAGGUUUGGGACAUUAUUUGGAUGAUGACGACGUUGAUGAUGAUGCAAAAAUUACAAUUUUAGCUCCGCCCAAUGAAUCUUUGGAUAACAAUAAUGAAAUGAUAUUAGCUACAAAAUCCUGGCUUAAAUAUCAUCUUAUUCAUGGUUGUUAUGAGCCUUCUGAUCUACAAGAUGGACAAUUACUGGAAACAGAAUCUCAUGAUGAUUUAGGAGAUAGUCUCUAUCAACGAUUAGAUGUUCAUAUUAUCAAGUCAGAGCCAGGAGGAGGACAAGAAUCGAUUCUAUUUGGUAAAUCAGGUGUAUUAGGCAACCCAGUUUCUGUAAAUGAUAAAAGAUUAAUUUAUCCUAUUGCAAGACCUCUUACAUUACCUCGAGAUCCACUUAGUCGUCUUCCUGUCAAUUUAGAAUUAACUACUUUUGUGGCUAGUUUGUAUGCAUCUGGUUCCGAUAAGAAUAUUACUAAAGCCCGCGGUGUCACUUUAUUCGCACCCAGCAAUGAUGCAUUUAGUCGUUUAGGUCUUUUAUCAAAGUUCCUUUUACAACCAGAAUCUAAAGAUAAACUUGCUCAAGUCGUUACUUAUCAUGCUGUUCAAGGUCUCUUUUAUGAAAACUCUACAACAGAAGGUGAACAUCAUGAAAGGACCUUGUCCUCCGAUAAAAUUACUUUAAAUAAAACUCAGGAUGGAUUCUUUGUUCGUGGUUAUGGUGCGUUAGAUGGCAGUGAUCGUGAUGUGAUUGCUAAAGUCAUUGAUCGAGAUAUUCUGAUAUCAAAUGGUGUCCUUCAUACUAUUGAUCGUGUUCAAAUCCCAAGUUCACUUGAAGUAACCAAUCGUAAUUUGUUGACAGCAGAUAACACAAAUAGUUUCCUUUCUCUCUUGGAACGUACUGAAUUUGCUAAGGAUGUCUUGGAUGAUUUGAAUUCAGAUAGACCCUAUACUAUCUUGGCACCUAGUGAUCGAGCAUUUGCUAAGCUUAAUUUAAGUAACUUGAAGGAUAAACCUGACCAGUUAGAAAUGAUUGCAAAAUUACAUAUCUUACCUGUUCCUUUACCUCGUCUUGCUAAUGAAGAAGAAUCAAAGAAACCUUGGAUGAUGAUGAAAGACGAAAAGAAGGGUAGAUGGCAAGAUGAUGAACCUAAAGAUAUUUCUUAUAUUGGUACUGAUUUCCCUACUUUACUUUCACAUGAUGAUUAUGUUGUGAUUACGAAGAAUAUAGGAGGUGGUUUUACGGUUAGAGUCAAAGGUACAGCAGAAGAAAGUGCAGAUGUGAUUCAAGUAGGUCGAUCAAGUGCACGCGGUGGUGUCAUUGAAAUUGAUCGUGUCUUGAUUCCUAAGAAUGCUGACCUUCCUUAUCAUCUCUCUUGGUGGGCUAUUGCUUUAAUUGUUCUUGGUGUCUUAUUAGGUAUUGCUCUUUUAGCUGUUGCCGCUUAUCUCGGUUGGAGAUGGUAUCAAACACGUCGCCAAGGCCGUAUUGCAUUGGAUCAAGAAGAAGAACAUUAAAUAUAUAUAUAUAUAUAUAUGUGUAUAUAUAUGUAUAUGCAUAUAAAAAUAUGAAUAUGUAUAUGAAUAAAUAAAU